AUCGCCAAGGCUGCAGAGGGCAAGUAAAUUUGAGCCGCCGGCAGGGAGCGCCCAAGCUGAUAGAGAAGUUGAGGGAUUCGAUGUCCUACUGGCGGGGGACGUUUUGCGUGGCCAUGACAGGGUGGGAGUACCAGUCGGGGUCGAACGAGGGGGAACCGACGUUUAGGAUUAAGUCGGAGUUUCAACCAAUCCGAGCGGGACUGCGUUAUAACCUGACGCGUGAGGAAGAGUGCCGUAUUGCGCGCAUCAAAGGCUGUUGGAAGAAUCGCAAUUUGCUGGACUUCCGUCUCCUCACCGGCUGGGAGCUGUUGGUCGAUCAGCAGCUAACGCGCGCUAUUGAUACUCCGCCAGGCAACAAAGCGAGCCGUGACGCCUUUGACAGAGCCAUGGACCGUGCGGAGAUAGACAACUUCUUGGAGGCGAUGUACGCGUCAGGGGAGGUGGCCCAAAGAACAGUUGUGAACCCGGAGACUCUGGAGGUGAGUGCAUCCGAGGUUCCGGUGGUGCUGCCCAUGCCGCACCACUCCCACCUAGGGGCCGACGGUCUGCCCAGCGUGCAGGGGGAUGGGAAUGCGGGCGGGGGAAAAAAGGGGUCCUCUACCGUGCCGCAGAAGGAAAGAGUAGUUGCCACUCGACGUGGGCCACAGAAAGAAAGAGUUGUGGUGCCGGCGGGGGCUGCCGCUACUGCGGUGGGGAGACAACCGCCGAAGGGGUCCAGGGCUGCGCCCGCUGGAGAUACACGGGGGAUCCUGCGGAAGCGGCGCCAGUGUGACUCGGCCGGGGAGGAGGAUGAUGAUGAGACCCUUGAGGUACAAUGUAUUACCAUCAUACAGAUCUGCAGAUUGUUGUCAAGUAAAACAAGUAAUUAA